AUGGAGCAGUCACUGGCAGAGUUGGCGAAAGUUUCCAAGCUCUGCCUUCAGGCCCAGUGUAUAGAUCGCCUCCUAAAGAAGAUGGCUGCAAAAGCAGGCGAAUGUAUAUGGUUCCAAAAAGACGAUGGACCGGUCUCACUUUCGGCCAGAACAUUGAGAAUACAAGUAUUCACGAGCAAGGCCGUUCGGAAAUCGUGUAUCUUUGAUGUCGUAGAAAGUUAUGGAAAAACCCGAUCGACAUUGUUGUUGUUGUUGAGGCUGAGGAACUCUCGUUGUGCCCUUUCUAUCGUUGCAAUGCUCGCGCUGCUCAAUUUUUGAUCCGUUAUUAUACGUUACCAUGUUUUUUGGAGUGAACUCUUUCUAAGCCCGUUUCGGGACUGUUUCAAAGAUGCACUUUGUUGUGCACCAGGAAGUGCGUGCGGUUCACUUCGAAAAGCCUUUAUAAAGGUUGUAGCUUGGUGAUGCCUUAUGUAUCUUAUGUUUAUACUGAUUGGCAUAGCUUGGCUAAGCACGUCCGCAGCAGUCGUAAGAUCAUUUGUGAAGUUAUACAAUUCAAGUCCAACCUAACCUCCCGCUUUGUAGUGUAUUAGUCAAAUCUGACUGCUUCACAUGGAGAAAGAGUACAGUUCACGCUGCAUCUUUUCCCCGCAACGAAUAAUAUGAGAUGCCACCUGGCCAGGAC